AUGACAUUAUUCAUUAAAUAUACCGAAAUGGGAAAUGAAGGUGGUACAAUUGUCAAAAGAAAGGAUCUUCUUGCAUUACACGCUCCGAACAAUGAACUGAACGAACCAGUUGGUGAAGAUACCGAACAAGUCUUGUUACAGAGUUGCGCCUUAUCAGGAUUACCACUCUACCAAAACGCACCGAUUGUAGGUGAUUAUAAGGGCAAGCUCUAUAUUAAAGAAAAGAUUCUACAAUAUAUUCUAGAUACCAAGUUAGGCAAAAUCAAUAUCAAAUCCCAGUUUCUGCAUCUAAAGUCGUUAAAAGAUCUUUGCACAGUGACAAUCACAUGGAAAGUUGUAAAUGACAUUCCUCAUUUUAUGUGUCCUGUCACCAGGGAGUUGGAUAAUAAAGCAGCAACAUAUAGCUACCUACGAACAUGUGGAUGUGUUAUGUCGAGUAAAGUACUUCGAGAGAUUAAAAAGGCAACUCCGAAAGUAUCGGCAACCGCGCCGGACGAAACCAAAGGUACAAACGAAGCCGGUACAAUAAAUACUGUAGGUACCAUGGAAAUAAAAGAGAUAAAAGAGGAGAAGGCUGAAGCAGCAUUCAAGGACGAUACUGAUCAUGUAUGUGCAAACUGUCCAGUUUGUAAUAAAUCAUUUGUGUUUGAUUACGAUAUGGUAAUGAUCAACCCAAUCGAUAAGAAGAGCAUAAUAGAGUUCAAUGACGAAACCUAUACUUAUCUUAGAGAUGUAUUAAAACAAAGCAAUAGCAAACAACCAUUGAAAAAGAAAAAAUCCAAAGCUUUAUCUUCACCCUCAUCAACAUUUCCAGUUUCAGCCACUAAUGACCUAAUAAGGAAACGAAAACCAGAUGCAGAUGAUAAACCAGAAACACCUAAACGAGUCCGAGCCUAA